UUGUCUAAAUUUGGUGCCUAUGUUGCUGAAUGUCUACCAAAGUUCGUGCAAAAAGUUGAGGUUAGCCAUGUGAAAGAGUUAGACAUAUUUAUCCACCCCGAUGGCAUCAUCCCCGUGAUAUCGUUCCUACGGAACAACGAAAACGCACAGUUUGCAUCUUUGAUCGACAUAACGGCGAUGGAUGUUCCGUCACGGCCUUAUCGCUUUGAAGUCGUCUAUAAUCUUUUAUCACUACGCUAUAACUCCAGAGCGCGUGUGCGUACCUAUACCGACGAGCUUACACCCAUUAGCUCAAUUUGUGACUUGUACCAAGCAGCCAACUGGUAUGAGAGGGAGGUUUGGGAUAUGUAUGGCGUCUUCUUCUCCGACCAUCCGGAUUUGCGUCGCAUCCUCACGGAUUACGGUUUUCAAGGCCAUCCUCAGAGGAAGGACUUCCCUCUCACCGGCUAUACCGAGAUGCGCUACGAUGAAGAAUUAAAGCGAAUUGUCAUCGAACCUGUAGAAUUGGCCCAAGAGUAUCGAAAAUUCGACUUCAAAACUCCUUGGGAAAAUUUCCCUAAAUUCCGAGACGUAGAGAAAAAUACGGCCAGAAUCGCUGACGCAAAGGAGGGUCAAAAGGCCAAAGGAAUCUCUGAUAAAUGA